AUGAAUAUAAUAUUUAUUUGUUUAUUAACUGGUAUUGUAAUGUCAGAAUCAAUAGUUAUUUCUCUAAUAAAAAAUCUUGAAGGAAAUACUCGUAUAUUUACAAGUAUUGAAUUUGGGAAAUGUUAUUACACAGGCACAGUAACAUCAUAUUACUAUACUCAUAAUGGGAAUAAUAUUACAAUUUCACAUUAUAAUACAACUACAUGUAGUGGAGAUAAAGAAGAAAAAACGGUUGAUAUAAAUGAUAAAGAGAUUAAAAGGUUUUGUAUUAACAAAGACACAUGUACUAUUGAAAUUAAAGAAAUACCAGAUUAUGUAGGAACUUUUAGUUUUGGUAUUGAUGAUGAUACAUGUUCACAUCGAAACAAUAUGUAUUUGACAUAUGUCACCGGUGUAUGUGGUAAAUGUAGUGAAAUUGGGGAGACGUACUGUAAAUACAAAGAAGAGAAUGGAGUUAUGUAUUCAAAUGUUUAUUCUAAUAAUCAAUGUGAUGAAACAGGAAAAGAAUUUGGAGAAGAAAUGUGGAAAUGUGGAUUAUGUGAAAAUGGAACUAUGUAUAAAUGUGGGAAUAAGACUAUGAAUCAAGAAAAUAGUUCUGAUAAUCAACCAAAUGAAAAACCAAAUGAUCAACCAGAUGAAAAACAAAAUGACAAAUCAGAAGGAACUAAGAAUACCGAAAGCAGUUCUAAUAAUAAUAGUCAAACAGAAGAUACUUCAAAACAUAAUUCAGAAGGAUCUAAGAGCAAAGAUGAUGAUUCUAAGAAUCAAACAGAUGAAAAGUCAAUGAAUCACUCUGAAGAUGGAACAAAGGGACACUCAGAAAAUAGUUUCAAUGCACAAUCCGAUGGAAAUUCUAAAAGUGAUUCAGAAGAUGCAUCAACACAUAACAUAGACAGUGCACCAUUAUCUGUUUUCUCUUUUAUUGUGAUGGGAGUUAUAUUAAUGAUUUAACUAACAGAACAGUUUUAUUACA